AAUUUCUCGUGACCCCACACAGUGUUAUCAUUAUUAAACACCACAUUUCCAUACUAAUUCAUAAGAAGUCGACAAAAAACAAGUGCAUGUACCUAGCAGUGGCGCUCAUUAUUAUAAUCGCCAGUUUGGUCAAACUGCACUUUCGUUAUGGACCGCCACGAGUUUCUGGUUUUGGCGCUAAGCAUCGUCGGAACCAUGGGGUUUAUCCCCCCUGGUUCUAUUGGGGAAAAGGACCAUAUGCUAACGGAGGUCCUUCUCCGCGAAGUGGUUGAGCGUAUGGGUAAAGAUUUCAAUGAUGCAGCUUCGGGUUACUUGGACUUUCCCAGUGACCGCCACCUGGCGAUGAUAGCCCGAGCCAACAAGGAACUGGAGAACGAACAGAUUGACUAUGACUCGCUGAUUGAUGGGAAUCCCAGCCCCAGUCUGCGUGACCAAGAAUAUCUGCAGCACAGUUCCCUCUGGGGGCAUCAGUACGUAACAGGCGGCGCAGGAGAAGGCAAGCAACGCCUCCAACCCUCAGGGUUGGUGCCCAACCGACAAAUGGUCAAGACCGAUGCUGUCUUACCUGCAUACUGUAAUCCACCUAACCCGUGUCCUGUUGGUUAUACAGAAGAUCAAGGCUGCAUCACGGAAUUUGAAAAUACGGCCGCUUUUAGCCGCGAGUACCAAAUGGCCCAGCAAUGUAUGUGUGACGCGGAACAUAUGUUCAGCUGCCCGCCGGAAUCUUCCUCUGAACUAGACAUGGGUUUUCCUGAACAUCACAAAAAUCUGGUUGCUAAAAAAUAUAAGCCCGAUAAUCCAUAUCUGAUGGGGGAACGCCUACCCAUAGCAGCCAAAAAGGGUUUUGAAGUAAACUCGUACUAAAUUACUAAAUAGAUAAGUCCUUAUUAAAAUAAUUAGUGUCUAUUUAACAUUGCCUAAGAAAAUUUCGCUCAAAGCGACCUAUACUUUCGUAAGUCUUGGUGGUUUUAUCUAAGUAUAAAAACACUUCUAUUGCAGCCUCGUUAGUUUCAUAUUUCAAGUGUAUUUUUGAUAGAAUUGUUAAUAUCCAGUUGUGGCAAAUUCUGGUCAAAAUGAGUCGAGUCACGAGUCCUGAUAGAAUUUAUUUUUAAUCAUCAAUCUUUUCAUACAGCUCGUCUGUUAAGGGUAGGUAUUCUUGACUUGACCUUUCGCCAGAACGUUUCCGAUAAGAACGUAAGUAGAGAAUGUAGAUUUAGGUGCACAAAUGGGCUUUACAAUUAUGAUUUUUGCUUUUUCGGACAUCAGCGGUAACAUACAAUAAUUAAUUACAUGCAUCUAAAAAAUGUCCCUGUGUGUUUGACGUAAUAAAUCUAUUUCUAUUAUGUACAAAAAAAGUUAAGAAGUCUUCACGUUGCGCCAAUAAAAUAUUUGAAAUUAACUACAUAUUUUGAAAAACUUUAAUCUGAAUCCUCUGGUACAAAUCAUCACUUUUACAAACAUGUCCAAUUCAGGCAUAAACAACAUGUAUGUUAUAUCUCUACGAAGAUAUUAUUUAAAUGCAAAAAAUAUCUUAAUUAUUAACCAACCCUGUAAUACAAGUUUAAGUCAAGGAGCAUAUCCAUUCUUCAAAUUAUGAAUAUUCUAUAUUAGUGUGAAAUAAAUAUAUGUUUAAGGUGAAAAAACUUGUCGCAGAUCCAAAAAUAUAUAAAGAUUAGCUGUAAAAUAUAAAUAAAAAUAUUAUUAGCUUAAUGUAAUUAUUUUCCAUUAUCUUAACAAAACGUCGACGCUGUGAAUUUUGUUAGAUGUAAAUAUUGCUUAAUAUAAAUUUUCGAACAUUAAGUUUUUUAGGUUUACUUAUGUACUAGCUUAGUUUUAAGACAUUUACUACAGCUAAGUUCUACUGGCCGAAUAUUUAGCGAUACUACUUAUAUAUAUUUAUCGUCUUAGGACGAUAACCUGGUUAACAAAACAUAAUUUCUUCUGCUGAAUAGUAGGCAAAAUCACAUCAAUAAAGACAAAAUCAACCAAAAAAAUAUGUAGUUUCUUAAUGGUUCAAAAAGGGCUUUAUCUUGUUUAUUUUAGAUGCAUGUAGAUUAAUCUAAAAUAAACAAGAGAAAAUUAUAUAAUAUGGACAUACCAAUUUUAAUAUGUACUGAAAAUCUGACUGAUGAUAACUUUAUUUAGCUUAUAAAUAUUUGUCUAUAUUCAUGUAACGUUGGGUUCGCAUGUAAAAUCAAUUUUCAAUUAAUUUAAAUUACUUUAUCUUAAUAAUUUUAAUUAAAUGAACUACGUGUACUUAGUAUAUAAUUAAUUGUAAUAAACUGAACAUAAAAUGUCAAAGGUGUUAAAAUAUCCUUAUAGUAUAGUUUAUAUUUAAUGAAAUUAGGUACACUAACUUAAGAAGGGGUUUUUAUGGAGUGGCACAGAAAGAUACAUUUACAAAUUAAUCACUAAAUAACUCGAUAUUCGACUAAAGUCUACCUGCAUUCAAGUAAAAACAAGCAAUUUUUUCCUCUAGAACUCUGCUCUAACGUAGUUCUUGUAAAAAAAAAUGCGCCGCUACCUGCUAUAUACUCUAAUGCCGAUUCAGAUAUGGAAAUAGUUAAACACUUAAAAAAAUAAUCUACAUUGGUCUGAAAAUGUCUGAAAAAUAUUUCAAUGGGAGGGUACCAGUAAGUAAUUAUCGGUAAACAGUAAUAAAGAUUAUAAUAAUUAUAUGAUUAUAUAUAUUAAGGUAUAACCCCAAUUAAAGUCUUCCUUAUUAGAAGUUAAAAAAAAAAACAUUUUGGUCCGUUAAAUUUCUUUAUUACAAGUAAAUUUUUCUUUAUUAACGUUGUAGUAUAUAUAUAUAUAUUUUAUUACUAACGCAUAGUUACGAAUGUGUGUGUUAAUAUGUUAUAUCAUUUCGUAUUAUAUCCCAUCACCUCAUACUUUUAAAUCAUCGAAAUUCAGCAAUAAAAAAAAUAAAAAAAAUGUAAUCAGAAACAUAAUUUAGACAUACCUAUGUGAUACUAAUUUAUUUUCUUUUAGUUGUCAAUUAAAUUCAUUUUCAGCUAAAUAUAAAAUACUGCUUCGGAUAAAUUAUGCUGCUUCCGAAUGGCAUGUUAAUAAUUUUCAAACGUCUGAGUAAUUCAUGAAAGUAGAUACAGUACAAGGAACAGUACUAUAUUACAAGAACUUUAAUAAUGCUUAACAAGCACAAUACUUAUUACUUCCAUGGAUUAACUAGAGAGUUUAGGAAACAUAAAUCAAAAGCAAAUGUUACUGACCACUUUAUUUAUAUUUGCUGAUCACCAUUCAUAUUCGUCAUUGCAUCACAUUACAUAUUUCAUUAAUUUAUUUCCAAAAGUAUAUUAAUGAUUGUUGAUUUUGGUUAAUUUAGAUGAAUAACUUUAACAUUUAUUUGUUUGAAAGUUUUAAUAAAAUUAUAUUCUAAAUUCAACUGUAAGUUUAGAAUAGUAUAAAUGAAAUUGUAAGAGCAAAUUGCCAAUAAAAAGAAUGUAUAGGUAUUCUGUUGGUUAAAUUGGACAAGUUUCCUAAAUUACUUAAGUAGUUACUAAAAUAGAAACCACAGUAUUUCACCUAUCUAAAAAGAUGUGUUUUGUAUUUAGAAAAUGUUGUCCACAUUAACCAAUAGUAAAAUGAAGAUUUGUAAAUUAGCAUGGAGGGUUAAGCCGGUCUUGUUACUUAAUUAGUAAAUAAGCUAUUAUUAAAAAAUGUGUAAGAUAGUAGAAGGAAAAUUUUGUCCUAGCAGCAGAGAGUCACUCUAGUCAUUUGUAGUGUGUAAAUAUCUAGUCAGAGAACAGAUUAUAUUUAUAUUCUAUUUUUGUAAUAAAACACAAAAAUAAACAGAUAAAAAUUAAUAGACUCAUAUCCCUAAAAUAGAUAUUACUUGAAUCAUUUAUUUUGAAAGAAUAAAAGUAAUGUCCAUAGAUCAGGCAUUCGCUCAUAUCAUCAUUAUAUUCUCAUCUCUUUAGAUUGAAACAAAAAUCCAAAGUUUGAAAUGUUCCACGUACAGUUGUUCAAAAAAGGAAAUACAAAAAUAUACCAAAAAAAUAUUUUGGGUGUUUUGGACAAAUCUCUAAAUACCUACUUAAAAAAUAUCUGAAUGAUCUAUAGACAUUUUAUUUCAUAGCUCAUCCUUAACCAUAGCCAACGUAGAAAACCGUUGAGAUCAGAGUCACCUAGUUCCUUAUCAAAUCCGGUGAAUUCGAAAAUGCAACUGAAUCUUUUCUAAUUAAUAUUAAGGGUAGUUUUACUGUUAUAAAAUAUGAACUGUAUUUUUAAGCAAACCGUCUUAAAAUGUCUACGUAUAAUUGAUUUACGACAGCAACAGAAUGCACAACCUCUUUGUAGGUAUGAAACAACUUUAAUGGUAUGAUUAUUAAUCAAUCAAAAUAUAUGUAGACAUUUUAAGGCGGUGAUUACUCACUAUUCUGUACAUUGACAUGAAAAAUAAGAAAAAUCGCCACUAACAGUAGAUAAAUAAAAAUACUCGUUCCUGACACAGAAAGGAUACGUUUUAGGUUAUAUUAAAAGAUAAUGUAUGUACAUAAUGUUCAUGGUGUAUUACGUACCAAAUACUAGAUAUUAACAAAGGGUCUACAUAUUUUGAUGGUGAAGGGAUUAGAAAUUAUAAUUAAUAUAACUAGGAGUUUCCUAACGAUUAACAUGUACGUUAAAAUAUAAGUCUUAUUUAUCUAUAACAAUAUUUAAAUUUUUCAGUCAUAAACCUACACCACUGGUGUAGGUUAUGCUCUUUUUAGAUAUGGGCCAUAAAUAACAGUAGUGUGUAAAUAGCUUUAGUAUUUAAAUUUCUAUAAAAAAAGAAAAAGGAAAAAAAGGUUAUAUUUAUAAGAUUUUAUCUCAUAUAAAUAAAUUACGUACAAUUCCGUGAAGGACUAUCAUGCAGCAAUCCACGUAUAACUAUUACUUCUGAGAAUGUUUUAUGUAACUAAUAACAAACCGUUAAUUUACGAAGUGUUUGUAAAGGCUUCCGUACACUGUUGAUAAAAAGAUAUGUAGAAUACUCCACUCAAACUUCAAAAUGUUAGUCAAAAAACUGACUUAAAUUCAUAAAAAAGGACUUAAAAAUUGAGGUUAAUGAUACAUUAUAAAAUAUUCCUACGAAUUAUUCACAUAAAACUAAGCCCAAAUAUGUUAGAAAUAUGCUUAGAUAUACGUUAGUAUUAAUUAAAAAUAGUAUCAUUGUGUUAACAAUGAUUAAUUAAAAAUAGUAUCAUUGUGUUAACAAUGAUACUAUUUUUAAUUAAUAGUAGGCGGUAGCUGUAGGUAGUUGUUCUCGGAAUUGCACCAUUGGUAAAAAGAAUAAACGAUGUACAUUGUCGUAAAUAAACCAAAUCCCAAAAGAGAAUAGUGUGUACAUAAAGUUUAAGACGUAAAUAUAUUUUUAUUAUAGCAUGUUUUGACAUCCAUCUAAAUUCUUUGCUUACACAUAAAACCUAUACUAUUUAUUUGGGCAGACAAAUGAACAUACUGCUUAAUCCGUGGCAACAUUAACAUAAAUCAGCAAAACCCGAAAACUACGGAUACCAUUGACACAUCUUGGGCCGUAUGCGAUUUUAACUCAAUGUCCGUACUAUCAAUGAGGGAAUUUCUUAAGACCUGAAUAUGAUCAAAGAUGUGGCUACUUUGUUGUGAAUUGAAUUGUAACUUACCCAUUUUUCUAUAAGAGCAAUUUCAAAGUUCACCUUAUUGCUUGCUGUACAGAUUCCCAAGAAAGUAGUACCUCUAUAAUGGAAAAUUCUGAAUCCCUCAUUGGCCAAAAUGAAUAUGUUACGAAAACUGCCAUUAAAGAUAAAAUUAGAAAUAAAAGUAAUAAACACGUUGACACUAAUAGAAAUCUUAUUUCCCAGUAAAAAGAAUCACCAUCAUGAAGCUUACAAUAAUACUCGUAGAUAAAAAUUGCUUAAAAACCACACUUAAGGUACUUAUAAAAAAGGACGAAAACACCAAUAUCAGCAUAUUCUCUAAAAAAAAUUUAUCUCAUACAAAGUUUUACUUUGCGCAUUUAAUUAUGUUUUACCUUUCUACGAAUAUCUCUCAAAUUCUUUCUAGUCGUACUUAUAUAACUAAUAGAACAUAUUAAAAGUUCAGACAAUCAAAUUCUAACAGAUACAAUAAAUAUACUAGAAAAUAUGAAUUAUAAGUUUAGAUAAUAAUAUUGGAGAUAAUAAUAGUACCGUUACAAACCUCGUCAGAUUACACUGUGACCGUAAUAGAUAGCAUAAAUAAUAAAAAUAGAAUAAGUUUAUUCUUAGUAGUUUAGGUUCAGUGAAACCAAUAAGAUGGCCCGCAUCUACGAUCUAACACUCACAUAUUUUGACUUAAUCAAAGGCGCAAAUCGGAUAAUAUCAGUUUUUUUUUAAACAAUUAUUUGUAGAAACUCAUAAUCAUCCACAAAUUCCCCGAACUUAAUUCAAAACCUGAUGAGAAAAUUAAAUCGCAUAACUGUGUGGUGUCACACAAAAUACAUGUCACUAAAAAUAUCUCACUUUACCUAAUCUUACGCCUUUUGAAAUUAUAAAUCAGUUGAGUAUUUUAAAGUCACCUUUUCAUAUACUUAAAACUACUUACCAAUACUGUAAAAUGUCCCAUUAUCGUAUGAAGGUCUUAAUUGAAGAGACGAUAUCAUGUUAGUAAAUGGACACGUGGUAAAUUGUUUCUAUGUGUUUUGGGUAAUCGUCAUCCAGAUGCGUAUAGGAAGAGAGAGGCACCUUGGUUUAGCUGAAUCUACAAACAAUACUCUCAAAUUAUAUAAGAUAAAAAAUUGGUAUAUUAAAUAACAACAUACCUUAAAUACAUGUAAUUUUACUCGUUAAGUACUAUUUUCCCUAACCAAAACACCUCUUAAUAAUAAACAACAUAUUUCUAAGAUUACUUUACCUAUUCAUCUUAUAUCAGAAUAAGCAUAAAUUUUGUUUUUAACUUUUCGAUAUCGUGUAAUUUACAGCGGUUCAAUGCGCUUUAUUUCUAUACAGUCGCUGUUUUGCGGCCGUAUGCACGUGGUUUAAGCAAAUCUGUGCAAAAUUCCCUUUUUAAACUUUCUUUCUUAUUAAUUGAACGACAGGUAUUUUUGGUGUAUUUUAAUAUUUAUUUUAAGUCAUUAAUGUCUCAACCGUUAUUUAAAAAUUUCGUCAUUUUGAUCAUCAUCUUCAUUUUAUCUCCGCAUGACUGCAAGUCUGCAAUAAGAUGGAUAUCUUUCAUCACAUUUAAAUCAAUGCUAAAUAUUUUAUUAAUGUUAAAAAAGUAUUAUUGUUUGCUGGAAAAAGAUCUAAAAUGAAAAAAAAAAGUUUGUAGAAUAAAAUGGGAUUAAUAAGGUAAUUUAUUAAUAUUAUAAAUAAUGAAAUGUAAGUUAUUGUUGGCUGUAAUCAUAUGUUAGUAUUUAAGGUCUGAAAGACAUAAAACAUACUAUAAUAAGAUAAUAAUAGUUUAAAAAUCUUGUACAUACAAGCCACAACGGCGUGCCACAGACAGCAGACCAAAGAUUUUUUAUUUGCGAGGGUUGAAUGACCAAAAGUAUGUCUCUUAUGGAGCACUCAUAUAAUCACACAAUUAUUUAUUAUUCUUCACCUUUAACCCAUUUUUUGCACAUAACAAUAUGUUAGACAACAUCAUUUACUCAAUAAGGUUUCCUCGUUGAUUUUACAUUAAUGUCUCAAUAUUAAAAAUUAUAUAAUUUUAUAUAAGAAAUAUCCUAAAUUAAGAGUAUAUGAAUACUUUGAGUAUUUUGCGAAGCGUUUGUAUUCAAUUUUAAAGUACUUUUCACAAUUUCUUAAAUCAAUCUGUUUAAAAAAUAAGCUCCACGAAAAUAAAAAAUGAUGCAAUGUAAUGAAUGAACAACUUUAAGCGUUAGACUCGUAUCAGUAUAAUCAACUGAGACUACACAAAUAGACACAUAUGAAAAUGUUUUUGGCUCUCAUAAAAAGCUGUGCUUUCGGUGGAUACGCCCUUUGAGCCUAAAGGUAUAGCUGAAAUAAAUAAAAAAAAAUAUUCAAAAAUCUUUGACGUUAUUUUUUCAUAACAUAUUUCGUUACUUUCAUUACUUAUAUUUGACAUGAUAAUAAUUAUUUUUAUUUUACAAUUCGGUUAUCCUUUUAUGGUUAUAUUUAAAUUGUAUUGUGUGUGCGUAGAUUUAUUCAUUAUAACUGUAUAGUUUAUGGUAAUAUCACAUGUUACUUAUGUAAAGUGUGCUUUUGUAUAUCCAGUUAUUAUAUGUUUUACUUGCCUAAUCCUAUUAAGUAAUCCUAUUCAUAAUUUUGUAGAGGUUUCGCAUGAAAACGAACGCAUAAAAUGAUAGUCGGACGACAGCGGUGUACGGGGAUACAGAAUCGUUUACACCUUUAUUAAUUUAAUAAGAGUCCCCUGUUUAAAAACCUAGUAUAAUUAAUAAUGCUUUGAUUCGUAUGUUAUUUAAAUGCACAUUUUUAAAUAUUUUGAGGUUAAAAUAAGAGCUAUACUUUUUGUAAUAAUUGUCUUCAUCCCUCGUCUUAUUUAGCAAAUAGUUUACUAGCAAUUGUAAGUUAUAUUUACUAUAAAGUUGAAAACGAGUAAUGUAAAUUUUAAACGGACAGUUUUCAGCGUAUGCUUUACUAAUUAAGUAUAAUAGUUAUUAGGGCAGUUUUGCAGUGUAAUUAACUAGACUUAUAAUUACUGUAUAUAUUAUAUGUAAACCAAAAUGUUUAAAUCUGGGAACAUUUAAUUAACGAAAAAUCAACCUGGUUGGUCGGAGCAUCCUGCCAAUCCAGAGUUUAGGUAAUAGUUGUUUCCAUUUGUUUAGAAUUAAAAAUACCUAGAUAAGUUAAGUUUCUUUGCAUAAAUAAUAAAAAAUUUUAUAAUAGUGCGUAGUAAAAGCAUGAGUACGUACACCAUUUUAUUUAUUUUAUGACUUAAAUAUACCUAUUUAUAUGCUUUCAUUAUAUUACGCCUUAACUGUCAAACAACCAUUAUAAAAAUUAGUUUUCGUUUUACUCUUUACAAAAAUAUAUUAUCUAACCAUAUAAUGAUUAUAAGAGGUCAAACAUUUAAAAUAUUAUACAGGGGUUAAAAAGCAUUUAUCUACUACUUACAUCCAUCUAACUCAAGAUGAUUAUACGAUAAGUAUUAUCACUUUAUAUUAGCUUGUUAUUGUAGAGACCGUUAAUACGUAAUGAAACAAGUGAAAUGAUAAAGUACCUUAUGACUAAGAAAGUGCCGAAAUAACAAGUUGCAAAAAAUUCAGUAAGUCCUUCUUCAAACAUGUUAUUAUCAUUAUAAGAUUUAUCUUAGACAUGUUGUUAUUGCAGAUCAAUUGUCUCAAAUCCAAUGAUCGCAGUAAGUUCCACAUUUGACAUGUUGUUAUUGCAGAUCAAAUGUCUCAAAUCCAAUGAUCGCAGUAAGUUCCACAUUUGACAUGUUGUUAUUGCUGAUCAAAUGUCUCAAAUCCAAUGAUCGCAGUAAGUUCCACAUUUGACAUGUUGUUAUUGCAGAUCAAAUGUCUCAAAUCCAAUGAUCGCAGUAAGUUCCACAUUUGACAUGUUGUUAUUGCAGAUCAAAUGUCUCAAAUCCAAUGAUCGCAGUAAGUUCCACAUUUGACAUGUUGUUAUUGCAGAUCAAAUGUCUCAAAUCCAAUGAUCGCAGUAAGUUCCACAUUUGACAUGUUGUUAUUGCUGAUCAAAUGUCUCAAAUCCAAUGAUCGCAGUAAGUUCCACAUUUGACAUGUUGUUAUUGCAGAUCAAAUGUCUCAAAUCCAAUGAUCGCAGUAAGUUCCACAUUUGACAUGUUGUUAUUGCAGAUCAAAUGUCUCAAAUCCAAUGAUCGCAGUAAGUUCCACAUUUGACAUGUUGUUAUUGCAGAUCAAAUGUCUCAAAUCCAAUGAUCGCAGUAAGUUCCACAUUUGACAUGUUGUUAUUGCAGAUCAAAUGUCUCAAAUCCAAUGAUCGCAGUAAGUUCCACAUUUGACAUGUUGUUAUUGCAGAUCAAAUGUCUCAAAUCCAAUGAUCGCAGUAAGUUCCACAUUUGACAUGUUGUUAUUGCAGAUCAAAUGUCUCAAAUCCAAUGAUCGCAGUAAGUUCCACAUUUGACAUGUUGUUAUUGCUGAUCAAAUGUCUCAAAUCCAAUGAUCGCAGUAAGUUCCACAUUUGACAUGUUGUUAUUGCAGAUCAAAUGUCUCAAAUCCAAUGACCGCAGUAAGUUCCACAUUUGACAAGUUGUUACUGCAGAUCAUUGUCGUGAAUGAUCUCUGUAAAUUCCACAUUUGUAAUGUUUUUAUUGCAGAUCAAUAGCCGCUUUUCAAAUGUGAAAAAAAGCAAAAGGAUGAGCAAAUAUGUACGUUUUAUUUAAAGCGUUCCUGAGAAGUCUCUAUAAUUAUUAUUACACGAAUCAUAUACAAGAAUCACGUUUAUUAAGAGAUUACAUGGCGUCAAACUCCCCUAGAUUUUUUUGUAGAAAAUUCUUGCUUUUACUUCUCACUUUGUACGCUGACUUUCAAAACUAUGCUUACCACAAUUCCAACUACAGUAUUGUGAAAUAGUGAUAGAGUUUACGUAGUUUUGAAGCUCAGUGUCGUAAUAAAAAGUAUGCUUAUGUAUUAGAAAUUUUAUUUAGUGUAAGGACCCGUAGAUAUAAGACCCGAAAAUUGUAAUAAAGGUAUAAUUACCCCUGUGGUAAUACGUGAUGCAAGGAGAGCCCUUGAGUGAUUUUUCUAAUAUAUAUGGAUAAGACGUGCAUUUUAAACUAUGAUUAUUAUCUAGUCAUAAUUAUGUAAAUUACUAUACAUAAUUAUGUAAUUAUAAAAAUAUCUCCAGAGUCAGGCAUUUACUACGUUAAACGUAGUUAAGUAGAUAUUAGAGUAGGUAUUGGCAUUUUUAGAAAAUUUAACAAUCAUAUUAUAAAUAAAUAAAGAAACGCAAAAACAUAAAAAUGAGUAGCUGUAAAUAUUAUAGUCAAUGUAAGUCAGAUAAAGUCUAGCGACAUUUUUUUUCCUUGGAUAUUAUAUAAGUAAAAAGAAAUAUGGACAUUUACUUAGUCGUCUCGUACAAUAUACUUACUUUGGAACAGGGUCAGUUAAAAAAGAACAAUGACAAUCACGUAAACCAGAAACUGCAUUACAAAAAUUAAAUUUAAUAAAGCACAUUAUCCAUAAAGGCAAGAUAUUUUUGCUAAAGACAUAACAACAAACAGCAAAGAGUUAAAAAUGAAUAAAUGUAAUCGAAAUUAUUAUUAACAGGAUGUUAACAAGUUAACUAUCACAUGCGCAAUAUAUCAAUUAAACCGCUAAAAAAAAUUCAAAUAUUUAAAACUUAAAUAAAGGAUUUAGGUGCAGUUUUUAAUUGCGUUCUCCAAUUUUGAGGAUUUAAAAAAUUACACACAUUAAUGGACACUUUUGAUAAGAAAAAGUUGUUAUUUUUGUCAAAUAUUAAAGAUUUGUGUACCUAAUAAGAAUGAAGGGGAUUAUAAUGAGGCUGCAAUAGCAAAUAUUUAUUUAUAUUUGAUGUAUUUAAAACCUUAAGUUUAAUAAAUUUAUUCAAUGUC